UCCACGCCCGCGUUUCCUAGUCUCACCGCCCGCAAGACUCGAUCACGACGCGUUCCGCCGUUCCCACAGACUUUUGCUGCACACACCGGGCUCUUCUUCUUAACGCGACCGACACUCGUUACCUGUAAACAUGCCCGAGACCACCAAAGUCGUGCCCCUCACGUGCCACGGGCAUUCGCGCCCGGUCCCACAUAUCCACUUCUCCUCGAUCGUGGACGAGGACCAGUUUUACAUCAUCUCGGCAUGCAAAGACGGCAACCCAAUGCUGCGCGACGGCGUGACGGGCGACUGGAUAGGAACCUUCUUGGGCCACAAGGGCGCAGUCUGGCAAGCGAGGCUUUCUUCAGACGCUUCGCUGGCCGCGACCGCUUCUGCCGACUUUUCUGCGAAAGUGUGGGACACACACACCGGGGAGGCCCUCCACACUCUUUCGCACAGCCACAUCGUCCGCGCUGUCGCGUUCCCAAACCAACCGAAUCCGCAAAUCCUGGCGACCGGUGGCAUGGAGAAGAAGCUGCGCAUUUUCGACCUUUCACAGGGUGGUGACUCGGCGCCGAGCUAUGAGAUCGGCGCAGGCGUACACACUGGAACGAUCAAGUCGAUCGUGUGGACAUCGGACCCGAACAUCUUGAUCACAGCAGCAGAGGACAAGAAAAUUAGGUGGUGGGAUCUGCGAACACAGUCGAUGACUGGCGAGUACGCUGUUGAGGGCGCAGUGGGCACCUGCGAGUUGGAUAACACCUCUCCAGACGGCGUGCUGAGCGUGGCUGCUGGAAACAGCGUCUACUUCUUCAACAGCCUCCAGCCAGGGUCGCUGAUCAAGACGAUCAAGACGCCGUACGACAUCGCGAGUGUAGCGCUGCAUAGCGGCGCGCGCAGGUUCAUCACCGGUGGCAGCAACCAGAACGAUACCUGGGUCAGGCUAUGGGAUUUUGACGAGGAGAAGGAACUGGAGACGAACAAGGGUCAUCACGGCCCGGUCUGGUCGGCAAGCUUUUCGCCGGAUGGCAAGCUAUACGCGACAGGCAGUGAAGAUGGCACUGUCAAGCUUUGGAAAUAUACCAAAGGCGCGUACGGUCUCUGGCGGUGAACGAGUUAUGUCGAGCGUGCAGGAUCUGUGCAUUGGCAUAUCCACCCUUUUGCUGCAGUCCUCGAGCCAGAACACUCAAUACAACGCCUACAUGCACAACACUCAUCUCC